AUGUACACCCUGAGCCACAGCGUUUCAGAUGUGGGUUGGGGCUUUACCGAUGGCACCUAUGGCUAUAUGGCGCCGGGCACGUUUGGCCACCUGGGCCGUUUUAAUUUGGAUCUCUUCACCAUGGACCCGUCCACCUAUGUGGAUCUCACGCAGAUUGAUUCAGACUCCAGUUUUGGAUCAAGCGGCAAAGUGGUGCGCUUUGAUCUGGCUACAUUCAGCACCUUCGAAGUUCUAGACGUGACUGACAGUGGCAUGUACAUAGAUCGGCGCAAAUUCAUUGACGGCUUCACGGAUUUUGAGCAUGGCUUCCUGGUGCCGAUGGGCACGGAUUCAAGGACCUUCGUGCGUUUCUCCUUGAAGGAUUUCACGAUAGCCGGGGUGAGCGCCGUAGAUUUGAGCUCCGUGAGCAGUUCGGGCACCUUUAAAGCAGGUGUCUGGGCAGCGUUGGGAAAAUUUUGGAAAGAUGAGGUUACAGUUUCCUGA